AUGUCUGAAGCCAAGGGAAAGAAGCUUUUUGUCCAGAAGUGCAAACAGUGCCACUCCUACGAAGCCGGAGGAAAGCACGGUCAGGGACCUGCUCUUGCUGGAUUCUACGGCAAGCCCGCCGCCCAGACCUCCUUCAACUACUCUGAUGCCAUCAAAUCUUCUGGCAUCGUUUGGGAUGAAUCUUCCCUCGAGCAGUGGCUCACCAACCCCAAGAAAUUUGUUCCCGGAACAAAGAUGGUCUUCGCUGGCCUCAAGAAGAAGGGUGACCGAGCCAACCUUAUUGCCUUCCUUUCCAACAACUGCUCAUAA